AUGACAUUGUUAGUAUCACAAGUUUCACCAACUAAGGAAAUUGGUUUUAAAAGAUCUAUCGUUGAUCUUUUUAAAUUAGAUAAAAAUAAUAACGAUAACAAUGAUAAUAAUUCAGAUAGUAACAACAAGCAAGUAGAUACAAAGAAAACAAAACUACAACAUGAUACAGCACAUUCUAGUUUAAUUAAAUCGCUUGCACUCUCACCAGCUAAACCAAAGAAACAACUUAAACAAACAACUUUACAAUUAACAACAAAAGUUAAUUCUUCAUCAAAAUCUGAAAAACCAAUAAAAUUACAAUUCACAUCAUCAUCGACAUCAUCUACCACAGAAGAAUCGGAAAUAAUAAAUAAAUCAAAUAACAGUAAUAAAGAUAAUAAUAAUAAUAAUAAUAAUAAUAAUAAUAAUAAUAAUAAUAAUAAUAAUAAUAAUAAUAAAGAUAAAGAAGAUGAUGAUUCAUCACCGUUUAAUUCAACUUCAAUUUUGGAUUCUUUAAUUACAACACCAAGAAAGAAUAAGAACUUGGUGGGCGUAUCGAGAGAUUGGGAUUGGAAAGGUGCUUCUCACAAGAAAUUUACAGUUUCACCACUUAAUUUUAUCGAUACAAAGGUCGGCAGUGGAGUAUCGACACCAAAGAAGAAGAAACAACCGUCUUCUACAAUGUACAUGGAGUCCACCCAAGACGAAUUGGAACAGAGUUUUAUAAAUGCAGGUCCAAAGAAAUUCGGACAGACCAUGUGUCCAAAGUGUAAGAUGAUCUACUUUAAAGGAAGUUCGGAGGAUGAGAGAACACAUUCCAAACAUUGUAAUGAGCAAUCACAAUCUCAAAAGAUUACAAUCAAGAAUUGGAGAUCUUCAGCAAAGAUUUUAAAUUCAUUCUCUAAUGAUGAAGGAAUUAUUUUGGUAUCGAGCGAUGAGGAGAACACAUUACUUAGGAACAAGUUGGAAUCGGUCAAGGCCAUGGUUAAUAAGGAGCUGGGUUACUUUGAUCCUGGAAACGGUGAAGACUCUGCCAGCGAUGAGAUAGAGGAGAAGUUCUUUUUAUAUCUGGAUGCCGACAGUCGAGUGAUUGGUUUUGCAGCAGCUGAGAACGUCACAAGAGGAUAUCGUAUCAAAGAGAAUAGCGAUACCAACGAUCAUACCAUCCAGUGCGAAGACAAUCCAACCAGCAUUAAAUGUGGAGUCAAUCGUAUUUGGACUUUGAAAUCUAAACUCAGACAAGGAAUUGCAACGAAAUUGAUGGAUAGUAUUUGUCGUAACAUGCUCUAUCGAUGCUUUAUCGAAAAGAACCAGAUAGCAACGACCACGCCAACAGCUUCAGGUAUGAAAUUCUUUGCCAAUUAUUUCGAAACAACCUAUUUCCCAUUGUACAAAUUGAAAAAAUGA